AUGGCGAUAGCUCUGGCGCUGAAAGACAAGAUCCUGAACUGGACCAUAAGGGAGAAGGACAAAAAAGCUAGUAUAGAGGGGUCAAGCAGAGAAGUGGAAAACCUGGCUCUGUUGAAAUCGGUGUCAAGACCUCAUCAACCUCAUUUGAGCCAAAUUCUCAUCCUAUGGGUCUUUCAUAUGGAGAGAGCAAAAGACAAGUGUCAAGUAUUGUCACAAGGUCAGACCCUGAUGGUAGAAGCCACAGAGGUCUACUAUAAUAAAGAGGCUAGUCCUAGUUCUCUAAUGAAUAAAACCAAGCCUGGAGAUGAUAGAGUUGAUACCAGCAAGGAGUGCACAGACAAGGAAGCUGGUGAAACAGAAAGUGCAAAGCAAGAGACAUCCUGUCCUCAAUUCACUGUUCUACAGGCUUCCAAGUGUGAAGACAUUGUACUGCUUGGGAAUGAGACACAUGGCAGCUAUAAGAGUCUCCGUAAAUUCCGCAGAGCAGUUCUGGUCAUCCAAGUCAUUCGCAAUCUCAUUAAAAUGUACAGGGACUAUGCAGCAUCUAAAGCUGAAUUGCUAUCCUUUGCUCAGCUUCAAUACACUGGAUCCAGCACAGAGACUGAAAACCUCCUCUUUGACUGUGCUUAUUUUAAAGCUAAAGCAGAGACAACUAUCAGCAGCGAGGCACAAGUCAUUCUCUCAGGGCCUCCAGAAACCCGAACAUCAGAAGGCAUCAAACUGGCCAUGCUGUCAUUGAAGUCAACAGUUGGUACUUUCUCAGAAUACCCUGUUCACAUCCAGGAGAAGCUGGCACAGCUGGGUUGGUAUGAAUGUUUUGGGCCAGGAAGAGUGAUCAUCAGGCAAGGCCACAUCCCGCAGAAUUUCUAUUUGAUUCUCUCAGGCACUGCUGUAGUCACUAAGGUGGCUCUCAACCAACAGACUGGAGAGCUUUAUGCCAGAACGGUCGCUUUUCUGAAGAAAGGGAGAUACUUUGGGGAUGUUGCCAUCUUGACUGGUGCUAGGAGAAAUGCCACAGUAGUCUGUCAUGAUACUGUUUCCCUGCUGGCUCUUUCUAGACAGGACUUCUUAAAUGUAUUUCUGAGCCGGGAAUCUACUGAGGGGUCAGAUUUUAUAGAUUUCCUGCACAAGACUGAACUUCUUUCAGGAUGGCCAAUUGAAAAGUUGCCUUACAGCAACCCCAGAAUUUGUGCUCAGACCUUCUUCAGGCCAGGCACAGUCAUUACAAAGGAUUCAAAGUCAUCAUCCAAAAUUUAUGUGAUCAAAACUGUAAGUAAAUCCAUAGUAUUUACCACUAGGGAUACAUCUUCUCUUCUACUGUUGGUCAUCAGAACUUGUGACUGA